GCAGCACUCCCGGAAAGCUGCUGUGUAUAUAUCAGAUUAGAGAAACUAACUGACAUGUAAUAUUAAACUUUAAAAGACACCAUUUGUUUAUGGAGUCACAAACGUCAUUAUGUUUUUAUAUACUUUUAAUGGAGCAGCCUCCAAUGCCUUCUCUUUAACUGGGCCGGCCAACUGCUCCAUAUUUGGAUUACACAUUCACACACACUCUUACGCACGCCUCCACACACUCACUCCCUCCGUCACACACUCACUCACUCACUAACUCACUGGAGGUGGGGGCACGGAGCGAUAGAGCUAUUAGCUCGGCUGCAGUAGACCUUGUACGAGCGGAGGGGAGACGAUUCCACCCGGCAGUGCGCGAGAACGCACGGAGAGCCUCGCGCUUCCCUGCCCGUUAUACCGUACAGGAAUGGUGAGGGCUGUUGGAGCCAGGCAGACGCAGACGUGGACAGACAGAGUGGGAAUCACGAGCCGUCCCCUCAGACAGCAGGAGAGAUUUAUCCAUCCCUAUCCUAGUGGUUUUAUCUGGACUCUCCUCUCCAACUGAACCUGGUUAAGAUCUGCCUGUAUCAUCCUACUGGGCUGUGCUGGAGGCCUGCGCUGAAACUACGAGUCGUGUUGGGAUUGUAACGACUUCAAUGGGCUGCAACACUCACUGAAACACUGGAGGCAACUGAAUGAGGUUCUUCCUGCAGUCCUGGAGACUCGCUCUCAGAGGGAAAUGAUUCCGCAUGAAUUGCAUGGACCGCUCUCCCACAGCAGGUGUGACUUCCGUUGCUUAAGACUGAAAUCUGUGUCCAUCUGACCAUAGGCACAGGACACAUCCCCUCACACCACCCACUCUCCUCUCUACCCCAUCCCCAUCCUCGCUCCGAGCCAGUCAGUGGGAGGGCACACUCUGUUAGCAAUACAAACAGAGACCAAGAGGCAGAGGAAAAGAGCCAAAAAAGACGAGGAAGAAACAUCCAGAAAGAGUGGUACAAGAUUCCCAGACACCAUGAAGUCAAACCAGGAGCGGAGCAAUGAAUGCCUGCCCCCAAAGAAGCGUGAAAUCCCAGCAAGCACUCUGCCCUCAGAGGAGAGGCCCAUGGUGAUGGCGCCUGCCAAUGAGAGCCAGCGUUCGGGAAACCUGGCCUGGCUUGCCAGUUUGGCAAGCGGACAUGACAGAGGGCGGCAGCACUACAGCACCUCCUCAGAACCUGAUGGGCCUCAAUACAAACCGUUGUCAGCCACGCUUGAGAGCACACCUCCCUCGUCCAUGCACUUAACCAGAGCUCACACUGCAGUGACCACCAUACCUGCUGUGUACACGUCACCCCUCUCUCAGCCUGCUGGCACUAUCCAGUACACACCCCUGCCUCACAAUCUUCACUUCAUCAGCUCUCCGUACUCUACACCAUAUGCUGGCUACAUCUCACCUCUAGUUCCCCCUUCGGUUGCCACCACUACCACACAACGUGAGAUUUAUGCCAGCACCUCCAUUUCUCCAGCAUCCAAAAUUGACCAGCACCACCAAUUGGGCCGUCCUCCUGGCAUGGUCACAACGGACAACACCUCUUCGCCCCACUCCACCCAAUACAUCCAAAUUGCUGGUUCUCCUCUAAGCUUAUCUCCUCGGACUGCUCCGUCACCCCAUGCUCACUUGCCUCCACACUUACACCCUCACCACACGCUCCCAAUCAGUGGCCCCACGCCAGUCUUUCACAUCACACACACAGAUGGACCUUUACCCAAGAGGGAGGAGACAAGACCCAGGGAGGUUCUGAACGGAGAGCUGGAGAAGGAUAGACGCUUUGGUCCAUCUCCCGAAUCUAGUGCAGGGAAGCAGGGCAGCACUGCCAAAGGGGGUUCCUCCACCCAACAGCACCAGAUCCACCAGCAUCAGAGCCCACGUCACUAUGAGGCUCGGCAUGUGGUGCUACCUGCCGAAUAUGCGCAGGACAGUGCAGCCAUGCGGACCUCGUUGGUGUUGGUACCCAACAGUCAUAGCUCCGGUGGUGCUGAUCCCAGAGGUACACCUGACAAGCUGCCUCCCCCAACAUCCCACACUGAGAAAGGAGGGAUUUGUGCAGGCAAACCUGUAUCCCGCAGUUCCUCCUCCUCGGCCUCCCUUACAUUUCAUCCUCCCCCUCCACCUGUGGACAGUCUGAAGGGGGCAGUUACCACACUGUCUCCUCAUACAGUCAUCCAGACCACACAUAACACCACAGAGUCACUCUCCCUGGGCCUCCCCUCCACCAAUUUCUACUCUGCUCAGCAGCCCAUUAUCGGUUACAUUGCCGGCACAGGACACCAGCAACCUCUCAGCUACCACACCAGCCUAUCCCAGCACCUGGUCAUCCCUGGAACUCAGCCGGUCAUCAUCCCAGUGAGUGGAACUGAAGCUACUGCUACAUCGACCCCACCGCCCUUGCCUGCGGCACUGCCCCAUGCUUUCGUCACCUCAAUGGCCCCAAAAGUAGAGACUUUUGAGGCUCCAGCCCCUUACCCUCACCCUGCUGCAGCUGUGGUUCAAGCCCAGUUACAUCUGCCUGUGGUUCCAGCCCCUGCCGGCCUUCUGACGUCUCCACCGCCACCCUCAGCCCCUUCACUGCCCCCUUACUUCACCAAGGGCUCCAUCAUCCAGUUGGCAGAUGGGGAAUUGAAGCGGGUGGAGGACCUGAAGACGGAGGAUUUCAUUCAGAGUGCUGAGAUCAGCAAUGAGCUGAAGAUUGACUCCAGCACAGUAGAGCGCAUCGACAGCAGUCAUACGCCUAACUUUGCUAUUAUACAGUUUGCUGUCGGAGAGCAUCGCUCACAGGUCAGCGUGGAGGUGCUAGUAGAGUAUCCUUUCUUCGUGUUCGGCCAGGGCUGGUCAUCAUGUUGUCCAGAACGGACGACCCAGCUGCUCGAGUUGCCAUGCACCAAGCUUUCAGUAGGCGACGUUUGCAUCUCCCUCACACUGAAGAACCUGAGGAAUGGCUCCAUCAAGAAAAACCAGGGGCAAGUCUUGGAUGCGCCUUCCCUCGGUCCACCACUUAAAUCACCCAAAGCACUCUCAAGCGGCAUGCGAGGGGGUGUUCGGCACACAGAACAGGAAAACGGACUCGGGCAGUGUGGAGAUCAGGGAGGUGGAGGCGUUCAAGGCAAUAGAGAGAAUGGAGAACUGAGGUUUGGCGAAAGAGACAUCUGCAAAGCACCACCGGUCACUGAAUCAGAGUCUGGCAGCAAACCCACAGGCCGCAAAAGGAGGUGGUCGGCCCCUGAGGGCCGCAAAGUAGAAAAUCCUGAAGGAGAGCCUCCUUUAACGUUCCCCAAACCUUCCUUCAUCCCUCAGGAGGUUAAAAUCAGUAUCGAAGGCAGAUCAAAUAUUGGAAAGUGAAUGCACAUUGGACUGUCAUAUUUUAAAAGCAAAAUUUGCCCUUGGAAUGUUUUAGGUUCUUUAUUUUAUGUUCUGAUUUAAUUUUCUAUCCAGAUUAAUUUACCUAAAGGCUAAAUUUACUCCGUAUGUACAUUAUCACUUCUAACAUUGUAAUAGAUGCAUUCAAUAUUACACAGGCAAUUGGGUGCAGUUCAUUUGAUUGGUCAAAUUCUGGGUGGGUGUAGUGCAAGGUGGGAAGGUCGUGAGAUACCUUAGCACUGCAUGAUAUUCUGAAGGCUUCAGUAUACACAAUCAGUCACAGCUAACAAGGCUAAGACGUCUCUCCAGUCUCUCAUCUACGACAUCCUCUACUUUAUUUUUUAGCUCAGACAAACCUGGUUUAACUAUACCUAGUGGCAAUUAAAUCAUUUGCCUGCUGAGUGAACCUGAAAAUGUUAGUAAGGGAAGAUGAACAACUGGUGUGAAUAACAUUGCUAAUGGUGGCAGAACGGAAAUCACUCCUCCACUGGUUGCAGGAGUUUACAUGAUGUCAGCCAUCUUGUUUAACUGUGACUAAAAAAGACUAUCCAAAUCAAUGCUAACAAUGUAUCGUCAGCGCAGUUAGACUAGCAUAGAUUAUAUUAACAUUUAUCGAAAUGCAAGAAGAGGUUUCCAAAUACUAUGGUACAGGCCAAGAGAGAUGAUGUCAUUGAGCGGUGCCAGUUGCUCCUCAGAAAGACGAAACUAUCAUUUAAAACAGGGAAGAUGGACUAGUCUAUUUUUAUAUAUCCAACCUUUUAUUUGACUAUUUUUGUAGUUUUGCAUGUUUUAAUUUUCCGUCUCACUUUUCAAACCCUCCUAUCACACAUGAUGGGUAGUUUUUUUUUUCUUUUCUUUUCUUUUUUUGUGAUGAAUGUGUAAACCUUGCAAUCAGGGGUCAUUUUUUUUACGUAGGCACAGGAUGGGUUCUUGUCUAUGUAUAUGUAUAUGCAUGGAUGUAUCUUGAUGCAUACAAACAUAAUGGGUGAGAAGAUCGACCAGUCCCUUGUUUUUAGCGCAGUCUCACCUGUUUUUGUUCAAACAAGAGAAAGUAGAUAUUUUUUCCGAAAGAAAGAGAGCGAAAGUUGUCUGAGAAGGAUGAGAUGAGUGUUGUCCUGAAGCACUUACUUAACACACCUGUCAUGCUCACUAGCUGAUAGUAACUUCAAUCAAAUGAAUCAAAUUAUUAUGUUAAUUAUUACUAUUAUUAUUAUUAUUAUUAUUAUUGCUACUACUAUUUUCUGUUGUUCUUUCAACAUGAACACAGUACUGUAUGCUGUAUCAUGAAUUGGAUGUUGUGUGGCACUCUGUGGGAUGGUGAUGGCUCACAAGGGUCACUGUGAAGGGAUGAAUGUAACAGGUGAUGAAAGAGAAAACAAUGAGAUUUUGUCCCCAAGAGGACUGUUUUAAAGGAAGCACUUUUUUUAUUUGCGUAUGAUUGGCUUAGCCUUCUCAAGCAAUCUGACGACUUGAGUAAAGACGGGCACAAGAGGCCGCGGACCGUGAAACAACUGCCAUUUAAGUCAUUUAAAGCAAAAAGAGUCGUAUGAAAGUGUGAAUGCAGGUGGGAAGAAGUACAGAGACUGUUUAUAUAUUUGUGAGAGAUAUGAGAGACAAAGUGAAAGUGAGAAACUCUGGCUACAGGAUUCUUCGGAGGAUCGAAGGGUGUCGUAUACCUGUUUGUUAGCAAUGUAUGUGGUCGUGCACGCAUGCGAGUCCGUGUGCGGUUGCACAUGGGCUCAAACACACAUAAACACGUACAUGGUUACGGUAAUUUUCAAUCAUGUUGAAAUAUGUCAUGUAUUUUUUUGUACAUUAACAUGUAUAGAACUGCAUAUGCUAUAUCUAUCUUACUGUAUGAGAGCGCAAGACUACAUGAGCACGUUUUUAGUCCCGUCCCCCAAGACACUUGACUCAUUGAACGUAUGUGAAAGCAGUCAUGUAGUAAUUUCAGUGAUCUGUAGUAUAUUUGUGUGAGCGUGUGUGAGUGUGUGUUUGUGUGUGUGCAAGUGUAUGUGUGUGUGUACAUACCACACAUAUUAUAAAUAGAUAUUUAAGUUCUACUUAAAAGAAUAUUGCAAUUUGCACAUCUGGAGAGAUAGUAACAUGAUUUAUUUUGUUUUCUGCCAGCACAGGACAGGGCCGAAAACCUGAUUUUUACUGAAAUGUAGCAGUUUCUUGACAAGUUUGCUUGGUUCGCAGGUCUGUUGGGUUCAUUUUCAUUAGGAACGUCAGGAAGCCCCUUUUCAGGGGGUUUGAAUCACACACAAACACACAAAAGUAGGAUUGUGCACGGUGCUGUCAAAGUGUUCGCUUCAUAGGGGUGGAUGAAGUCAUAGCCUGUAGCCUGCAUACUUGUUGAGUCCUUUGAGUGGCCACACUCAAGUUAGCUUGGGAAGGUGAAGAUCUGGCAGGAGGAUGGGUGGUAGUAGAGAAUAAAAGAUACAUAGAUGGAUGGAUUGAGUUAAUGAAUGGUGGAGGGCGGGUGGGUGAGUGCACCCCAUAUACAAUUUGAAAAUGCUUUAUUUUUUUAUAAUAAAACAGGGUUUCUCAGAUCAACACCACAACCGUGCAUUUUUUUCUUUUUUCCAUUUGACAUGAUGUCUCUGUCCCCUCAAAGUGUGAGUUUUACUUGGAUUGUAUGUGUGUGGAUGUAUCUGCUCUAACCAAUCAAACUUGAUAUUUUCGUUGUGUUCAACAUUUAUUUUGGGCCAAAAGGUAGAAAUAAGAUGUGAUAUUGUUUGUCCAUUGAACCACCCCAACAACACGACUGUCAAUGGUGAAUCAGUCUUGCGUUUUUUUUGUUUUUUUUCUGAUCUUUCGCUGUUGUCCUUCUCUUCAUGUAAUGAUCAGUGUUUUGGAUGUCGCUCAUUGCUUCGAUCAUUUUACAGCCUGCCUCCUUCUGGUUGCACAGUGCGGUUCCACGUACACACGAGAUGCAUUCCGAACAACGGCACGUAGCAAUAACCCUUAGUCUCUAGUGCUGAACCAAAAAAUAUAUAAAAAAACAGAGAACCGGACAUCAACGCCAGACCUUCUGUUCGACCUCAGCAAGCUGGGUUUUUUUAUCCUCUUUAGGUUGAUUUGCGGUUUGCACAUCCAGCCCUCAGUAACUUCAGGGAGAAAUGUAAAUUAAUAUGCAGUGACAGAGUCUGUCCCCUUCUAGUCGUCUUAACCCGUAAUCGAUAGUGACCUCCAGAUGCUCUUCAGGUGCCCAUACAGAACCAGUACGCCUCUCUCAGAGUAUGUUUACCCAACUGCAACCGUUAGCUACCUUCUGUUGCCUGGCAUGUACGUGCGACCGCUUUCUCACCCGGCUCACCCGCUAUAGUUCAAGAACGUUGUUUUCUUUUCUCUCUUUUUAUCUGUCUCUUUCUCUCUCUCUCUCUCAUUCAUAGCCAUAGAACCUCGACAGUAUUUGUGAUGGAGUUUCAUAUUACCUAGCUUGUUGAAAUUACAGUAGUUUUUUGGGGGGGUUAAGUGGAAAAGUCAAUUAUAACUCUCCACCUAUUAUAUCUAUUAGAGUCGAUGUAAAUUGACAUUUCAACCCAUUUUACUUCCAUAAUGUGAUGUAUUUCAGAGUUAAAAAGGAUAUUCAAUCAAGAAAACUGGCUUUUCGAACCAGAAUGCAUACCAGAUUGACCCUUCGCAGGGAGCUUGAUUGACAGGCGAUCUGACCAAUCAUAAAGCCGAAUCUGCCAUUUUGACAAACAAAUCAGACAGUAGAGUAGGUUAACUUCGGUGGACUUAAACUUGCAAAAUUGUGUGUAUUUUGACAUCUUUCCGUGGUUGAAAUAAAAUACUUUCCCAUUUCCAUUCAUGUUUAUUUUGUGCUUUACAUAAAUAUGAAAAGGUGAUCGGUUCACGUGCCACUUGAACUGAGGUGCUACUGUGACCUGUCACGACACAUUAGAGAGCCACAGAAUUAUUUAUUAUUUAUUGUUUGAAUUUCUUACAAAAUGACAAAAUUUUAAAGCUGAGACUUUGUUUCAUACCGGAAGUAACCUGCUCUGUCUUGUCUGUUGGCACAUUGUCAGUGUCUACUUUGCUCCGCAAUGUAUUUUUCAGAACAUGAUGUAUGGCGUGAGAGUGGCAUGACUUAUCGGACAUAGCAAGGGGGUGGGUCUUUGUGAAGGGUCAAUUGGUCAAUAUUCAUCCCAUAGCCUUUCUAGCUUAAGUGUUGUCAGUGAACAAGCAAAGUUUAUUUAUAUUCUAUACAAUGAAUCGCUCACAAUAAGAUCUGGAAUAGGCAUUGAGGAAGUAAAUAGGGUUCAUUUUGAUUCACUUGUUAUAAACCAGGACAAAAGCAGUUGUAAAUGUAUAAUUCCAGGUAUGUUUUUUUUGUUUGCAUUUGGACUUUAAGAUGUUACGACUUUAAUCUGAGCGUCCAUGUCACUGAUUGUCUCUCAAAUAUUGAGGAAUAAGUCCAACUGCAGAUGAAUUAAACAUGCUUGACGUGCGAUGACCUGAAUGAAUGAAACAUCACAGAUGUUCUGUGCCGUCACAUUUGAUGGUCAUCACAAACAAAGAGAAUAAAAGAUGCACAUGGUACAGCUGGCGCUUUAUUGUGCUGAUAAUGAUAGUCUCUUGUGACCUCCACGCAGAGAGAGACGAGAAAAAUAAGUGAACAUUACAAGCGGCGGACGCUUUUUUUUUUUUUUUUUUUAAAGCGUUAAUGUCAUUUAAAAACUCAAACCCCACUGAUGACGUUCUAAACUCUUCUGUUUAAGUUUGACAUGUUACACUCGUAACAGUUCGUGCCAUCUGUAUGUAGCACUGUUUCUGUGGUUUCCAUUCAUAUACCUUCUCCCUUAAAUUGUACUGCUUGUUUAAAACCAAUUGUAGCCUGUGGGUUUUAUGAUUUUAUUUUGCUAUUUGUAAGUGAAUAUGGCAAAUAUUGUGUUUUCACUUUGUAGUGAACCCCUGAUCUAUCAUUUUUGCACAUUUUUGCUUUUUUUUCCCCUCAGUGUGUUUCAUUCUCUUUGGCAGAGGGGUGAGUUUGCUGUCUGUGACAUUGACAACAUCAUUUGCUUUUCUGUUAAAGGUCAAAAUCUUUCCUUGGGCUUACUCAGGGAUGAGAAAUAGGUGUGAAUGUGUGUGUGUUGAGGAGGUUUUGUGACCUUUGAAAGGUUUGUGUACAUGUAAAGAGAUAAAUAUAUACAUAUAUAUAUAUAUAUAUAUAUAUAUAUAUAUAUAUAUAUAUAUAUAUAUAUAUAUAUAUAUAUAUAUAUAUAUAUAUAUUCUUGUGUGUUAAACUGCUGUAACCAGAAGCAGUCAUUUCAUUGGCCCAGUGCUUUGGUUUCCCACAAUGUCUCUACACCAUAUGAGGCCUUCCUAACACACUCUGUCCGUCUCUGUGUAUCCGUCUGUUGGUCCGCAUCACAAGCUGUCUGUCCGUCUGCCUGUUGUCCCUUUGACGUCACAAGCCCAGAUCCUCACACAUGCAAGAUACUGAAAAAAGACUGAGAAAUGAUUCAUCGACCUCAUCAAAGUGGGGACCACUUUUAUAGAAACAAACAAAAACAAAAUGCACAUUUUUUUUGUCAUUUAUAGAAUAGAUAGACUUGAUAAUACUGUUUCAGCACUUUCUAAUCCCGAGGAAGAUAGGGUGAGAGGUUGGUGUCAUCGCAGUUUCUCCCCUCCAAUACGAAUUCCCUCUGUCUUGGCCCGUUCCUGGGUCCAACGGGCUGAGACGUCGAGGACAGAGAGUUGAAAUAAAGUUGGAAUGGUCCUCUAUGAACCUGAGAUGACUUUACUUUUUGUUGUACUGAUGUGUGCUCGAACACCGUUGUUCGGUUUUAUUUGUUUUAUUUUCAUGUUGGUUCUAUAUUUGACCUUGCUUCAUGUACUUUGGACUUUGUACUUUUGCUUCGGUCUCCUCUGUAGCACUCUUUUAUCAUGGUAGGAGACGAGAGAAAGUGUUUUAAUGAAUGUUUUUAAGAGUUUUUGAGCGGCUCUGUGACAGCUCGCUCUCUCACAAGAGGAGCACAGCUGACAAUUUCCUUGUUUUUACUUUCAUUUCUCUGGCACAAAUGACAAAAAAGACGAAUGUUGGAUUGCGAGUUUCAGCAGUUUGAAAAAUAAAUCAAAAGAUUUUCUUUUCUUUUAUUGUGGCUCUCAUUGAAAAAACGACAAAAAAGCUUUUAUUUUGAGUUUUAUUUUGACUUUGAAAUCACUUGUAAAAUCAGUCAGAAUUUCUCUGUUCAACUUGACUGUUGUUUGACAUCUUGUCAAUUGUCCAAACCGCUGGAUUAAUAACCUCAGGCUGAGAAUCUUCUACAAGCCCACAUUACGGUUUUGUUUCACCCUAACUAACUGAUGUAUGGGCUGCUUGAUAUGGGUAUUGUAACUAGUCCUAUUGUUAAUUCUAUAAUUAAUAAAUGAGCAUUCAGCUAUAUCAGUGCUGGAUAGUGAAAACCGUGCAAACUCCUUAAAAAAAAAAAAAAAAAAGGAGGCAUGCCCGGCCCUUGUCCUUGUCAUGCCGUUUUGGUGAGCCGGUAAACUGAUAAACAGUUCCUCAGAGAGAGGUACGUCCUGUGUUCUGUCACCCUCAUCUGGCCGGGCGCAGGAAAAAGACUUGAGCAACCAUCCUCUGAUGAAUCCUGAGGAGUAUAUGUCACUGUUGGGUUGAACUGGACACUCAACCCUGGUUGACCACUGAGAACUAAACGCCAGGGACGUGUUGACCAUCACAGGCCUGAACCGACUCGUGUACAGAUGCUGUUUUCACAUACCCGAUGUCACCUUCACGCAUAGCAAUCAACAGCCUCGUAACGUGUGUAUUUAUCCUUCAGAAUUUGUACAACUACACUCUCGAGAUUACAUAUCUUCAAGAAAAAAGGUCAUUUUGUAAUUCUGGAUUUCUUGCCAAUGAAUGCUUAAUAAGAUGUCUCUGUAAAACUGUACUCUGUAAAAUCUUUUUAGGCCUAAUUUUAACGUCAGUCAUUUCCAAGUAUGUUUUGUGUAAAUUGGAUUCUGAAUGAACAGUGGAGGUAGUUUCUCAGCACUUUGAAUAAUCGCCCCAUGAUUUUAAAGCUGAGGCCAGAUACGCAAACUAUUAGCCGGAGGUGAAAUAACACUAUGUACUCCUUGUCAGGUGAACGGCGUUUGGUUAUCAUUAAAUGUGAACGCAUGUCCAGCCACCUCUUCUUUUUUUUUUUUUUUCCUUUUGAGAUUGAAAAGUGUUUUGUGAUGCACAGGAAGCCAUUGGUCAUUCCUCAGGAAGGAGUGGGUUCAGAUAUAGCAGUAAAACCCCAGGCUUGCUGGACUAGAGGUGUUGCAGGUCUUGUCAUAAAGAGAUUUGAAGUCUUCCAUUGGAAGGGAAAUGGAAGCUGUUUCUAGUUUCUUUUUUCACUUGCCAUUGGGCAGAAAGAUCCACGAGCAUAAAACCUCCGGAUUGGACCUUUACCUGCUGUUUGAAAGCAAUGACUGGGUGGAUGCAUAUUGUCAGUGUUGUUGUUUUCUUCAUAGCUUCAAUGCUGUGGAUUUGCUGGACCUAUAGUGUGUAAGACACCACUCAGAAAUGUUGAGCGAGACUGUUAAAGAAAAAUUGAAUGUCACAUCCAAUCCUGAGGUUCUAUUUUCUUGGAAUUGUAUCAGAGGAGUCUGGCCAGUAGCAAGAGAUGGUCGUUGGAAGCGGAAGUAGUGUUUUGCACCUUAUUUAGUAAAGGAAACUAGAUAUUAAAAAAAUAUAAAGCCCUAGGUAGGAAAUCAUUGUGAAAGGCAAUUUUUUUUUUUUUUUCUUUUGGUUCAUUUUAUUUCCAUAUGCGUGCAUACUCUGUAAGUUGUGCAAAAUAUUGUACUUGCACUAGCUUUUUUAAAAAGAAAACUAAUAUAAAAAAAUUUGAAUUGAAAUUCUAUUUUCUAAUUGUGGUGUGUCUAUUUGUAGGAUACACUCACGUUGUUUCUUGGAUUUUUUGGUCCCUUUCUUUGAUGGUGCUUGCCGGUUUUCUAGUUAGAACUUAUUUCAUUAUUCUGAACAACAAAACAAUAUUUGAUUCAGGUUGUGAACAAAUUUGUUUAAAAAAGAAAUUGUCUGUAUACCAGUACAAGUUUAUUGUUGCAGUAUACACGUACUAAUAAAAAUUACAGUGCCAAUUGCAAACUGCA